UCAGUCAAGAGACGCGGAAAGAAGCGGAAGGAGAAAGCUGAGGGAGGGAUGAAGACGAUCAAUUUCCAAUUCAAUUCGGUCUCACCCAGUUUCGUAUUUUUGCGCGGAAACAGUCUGGAAUGAAAAGGAAAUUACUGCGCGCCCAUAUCCAAAGAUGUUUAGAUUUUCAACUAGAUACACCGACUGACAAAGGAAAAACUGAUCACUGCUGAAGGUGGGCUGCUGUUUCUACAAAUGGUGUAACCAGAGUACUGUGAGAGAUAAGACAAAUAAAGGUCAUCAAUCUAUUGGCCAAACAACCAACAGCUGUCCAGAAUGUGACUGGGUAUAGAAGAGUCCAUCUCACCUAACAUGAUGGAAUCCAGUCCGUCGCCUUUCACGGACUCCCUAGACCUCAUCCCCAACAGCUAUGUCAACCACAGCAACAAGAGCUGGAGCAACCAACCGUAUGGUGAUGAUCUAAGGCACAACCAAACCCAGACCUUCUAUUACCACUUCCACAAUGUUCUUCUUGGAGUAUCCCUGGGCCUCUUAUCGCUUCUCACCAUCUUAAUGAACCUGCUUGUCCUCUAUGCAGUGAAGAAAGAAAAGAGUCUCCACACUGUGGGGAACCUGUACAUUGUUAGUCUGUCUGUGGCAGAUCUGAUUGUGGGGACGACAGUUAUGCCCCUGAACUUGAUGUAUCUGCUGGAGGAUGAGUGGAGACUGGGGCGGGCGGUGUGCCAGUUUUGGCUUAUCAUGGACUAUGUGGCCAGCACAGCAUCAAUCUUUAGCUUGUUUAUCCUGUGUUUGGAUCGGUAUCGCUCAGUGAGGCAGCCUCUGAAAUACCUAAAGUAUCGAACACGUGGAAAAGCCAGCUUGAUGAUCUCCGGAGCCUGGCUACUCUCAAUGAUGUGGAUUGUUCCUAUUUUAGGAUGGAGUUCUUUCACACACGUGGACCUUAGACCUGAGGAGGAGAACAAAUGUGACACAGACUUUCGCUUUGUUACAUGGUUCAAGGUGAUAACUGCAGUUUUCAACUUCUACGUACCCUCGAUUCUGAUGUUGUGGUUUUACACACACAUCUACCUGGCGGUGAGGCAGCAUCUAAGAGAUAGAGAGAGAAUCAUUCAUCCAGCAGAUUCAUUUGGGGAAAACGAGAAUGGAGGAAAUGCCCCGAGCCCUAGCAAAAAUGACUCCAAAUUGCCCCAUAAUGAAACAGAAUUCUCUCUGAAACAAUCAAAAAAACAACUGCUGGACCAGAACACUUUUGACCAGACAUAUUCCCUUGAAGAUAGUCAGAAGACUAAAACUGCUCCUUGUAGAACUCACAGAAAAAUAGGUGUUAAGUGCCAACAGACGUCACUACUUUCCAUGACAACAAAGCACCUCAGAAUGGCACGCAAGGCUAAAACAGGCACCCUGUCUCCUGAAGAGAGGCAUCCAGGCUCAGAUAUUCCCUUGAGCCAGCCGUCUGUGCCACAGGAUAUGACAUGCUCUGGUGGAAACAAUGAGGGCAAACAUCAAGCCUCUCUCAAUGAAUGCCACGUCACUGUGACAAACUCUGUGAGUGGAGUCUGCGGUAUCAGUCGUGUGUCAGAUGUGCAGAGGUACACAGAUGUGCUCUGCAACAGCUAUGACCCCAGUCAGGCUCUGCCGUGGCCUGAGGAAGGGGUUGAGGAUGCCAGAAUAGACCCAGAUAGUGGAGUGACUCUGAAACAGGCAUGGCACAGGUUUAUAGACCAUUCACGACACAGAAUUCAAGGUCUGAGGAUCCAUAAGGAGCACAAAGCUGCCAAGCAGUUAGGUUUCAUAAUUGCUGCUUUCUUACUGUGUUGGAUCCCUUACUUCAUAGUUUUCAUGGUCAUGGCUUUCUGCCCAGAGUGCGUGCAUCACGAUCUUCACAUGUUCACCAUUUGGCUUGGUUACAUCAACUCCACACUAAACCCUUUCAUAUACCCGCUCUGCAACGGAAACUUUAAACGGGUCUUCAAAAAUAUUCUUAAGAUCAAUUUGUGACUGAAUCAAACACAUUCAGGUCUAUUCAAGUGUUACCAAUGCUCACACCAAUGCCUGCACCCCUCCCAUAUCUGCCCUGCUUCAGCUCUGUGUCUUGUCUUUUGUUGCUUCUUUGUGCUGAGGUUUUUUGCAAU